AGAGGGGUCGCCAAAGACCAUCAGAAAACACAGUAUUUUCUGUUGGUCAUGGGGGUUUUGUGUGGGAAGUUUGGCCCAGUUCUAUCGUUGGUGGGGUUCAAAAUGCUCUUUGAUUGUAGGUGAACUAUAAAUCUCAGCAAUGACAACUCCCAAAUGUCAAGGUCUAUUUUCCCCCAAAUCUGCCAGUUUUCACAUUUGGGCAUAUUGAGUAUUUGUGCCAAGUUUGGUCCAGAUUCAUCAUUGUUUCAGUCCACAGUGUUCUCUGGAUGUAGGUGAACUACAACUCCAAAACUCAAGGUCAAUGCCCACCAAACCUUUAGUAGUAUCAGACAUAGGAAGAAACAUCUUGUGCUGCCAUAAACCACCUCCUUCUGCUUUCUGACUUCAAGAUCAGCCAGUAAUAAUAAUGAUAAAUUUUGUUAUCCAUCUUUCCUCACAGCUCGAGGUGGGGUACCACGUAAUUAAAAUAUGGAGAUAAAUAUAUUAUCAAUAAAAUACACAGAACAAAAUACACAGAACCAAUACUAAUACAAUUUAAUAUUAAAAUUCACAGUCUAAAAUUGAUUGGGUAGGCCUGCUGAAAGAGCUAGAUCUUCAGUUGUACCUUGAAUUCCGACAGCUGAUUUAGCUGUCUGAGCUCUUCCACAGGUCAUUCCAAAAUCUUAGGGCAACCAAUGAAAAGGUCCUUUGGGUGAAAGUUGCCAGUCGGGUUCUGGCUGGCUGGAGUAAGUGUCCUAAGGUGAUGUGCAAAGGUGAUCCUGUAGCCAACAGUGAAAUCUGCUGGAACAACUUCUCUGAUAUAUGAGAUCAGCCUACCAGAAGAUCUAAACAAGGGGCUGGGUAAAGGAGGAGCUUUUUCUCUCUCGAGAAACUGCAAGUCACUUCUGGUGUGGGAGAAUUGACCAUCUGCAAAGACAUUGCCCAGAGGAUGCCCAGAUGUUUUACCAUCCUGUGGGAGGAUUCUCUCAUGUCCCAAGGAGGAGCUGGAUGCUAUUACUACUCUAUAGCCCAGGCAUGGGCAAACUUCUCUCAUGUCCCAAGGAGGAGCUGAGGAAUGCUAUUACUACUCUAUAACCCAUGCAUGGGCAAACUUUGGGCCUCCAGGUGUUUUGACCUUCACCUUCCACAAUUCCUAACAGCUGGUAGGUUGUUACAGCCAACAGGCUGUACAAAAUUAGGCAAGCCUAAGCCUUUCAGUCCCUUUAGGGUGGGAAAAGUUUGGACUUGACACAGUAACAGUUGGCCUCCUGGCGCUUGUCCAGUUAGACUUGCACUGUCUUGCAAUCCUGUAUUCUCUCCCCCACUAAAUUCAGCAGGUUUUCUGGCAUGUAUAUGAUUUCACUUUCAGAGGUAUGAAAUGCUUAAAGCUGUGGCAUGACCAGGCAUAGUGGAAGUAGUAUUGGCCUCCCAGCUACAGAGAUGCUUUGUGUGCAAGCGUAGAAUUUUAUUUGAACUGUGAGUUCUGUUCUAAACUCUUGUCUUGUUUUCACUAGUAGUGUUAGCAUUUUAGAUUUUGUUUAACUGUCACCUGGAUUUUAAUGCAGCAUGUACAUUUGAAUGCUUGAAGCCACAGCUUUAGCAAACAAUAACACAGUUGAGUUUAUUUGCUGACUAUUUUAUAAAAUGUGGCAAGAAAGCCGUCAGACCUCAGUAUCGGAUUUGGAUUUUUUUUUCAAUGAACACAUCUUUUCUGUAGCUAACUCUAAAUUCAAGAUAGAUUUGUGAGUCACAUUGUAGAAUAGUAGAAAAUGGGCUAAGAACCAAAGAAAUUUGCAUUAGCCAUAAAGUUAGCUGCAUGACCUUGAACCAAUUCCUGCCUUUUGGCUAAUCCCAUAAGAGUGAAAUGAAGUUGGGUGGAAGCAAUAUGGUUCUUGGAGGAAGAGUGCAUUAAUAGUUAUUAUAUUCUCUUAAGAAGCCUCAAAAUUUUCUCUUUCAGGUUCAGGGUCCUCAGGAUAACGGUUAAUCUGCUGUCAAAACUUUGUUCAGAUAUUAAGAAAAGAUACUUCAUUGUUCAUGGAGUUUUUCAUCAGUAUGUCUGAAACCAUUAAAUAUAAUGACGACGAUCACAAAACGGUGUUUCUGAAAACAUUAAAUGAGCAGCGGUUGGAAGGGGAAUUCUGCGACAUAGCGAUUGUAGUAGAAGACGUGAAAUUUAGGGCCCACAGAUGCGUGCUUGCUGCUUGCAGUACUUACUUUAAAAAACUUUUCAAAAAACUGGAAGUUGACAGUUCAUCAGUAAUAGAAAUUGAUUUCCUUCGGUCUGACAUAUUUGAAGAAGUGCUCAAUUACAUGUACACAGCCAAGAUUUCAGUUAAGAAACAAGACGUAAAUUUAAUGAUGUCAUCUGGUCAGAUUCUUGGCAUUAGAUUUUUGGAUAAACUUUGUUCUCAGAAACGUGAUGUAUCCAGUCCAGAAGAUAAUUCACAGUCAAAAAAUAAGUACUGUCUUAAAAUAAAUAGAUCAAUUGGUGAAUCUAAUGAUAACCAAGAUGAUGAAGUUGAGGAAAUUGGAGACCAUGACGAUAGCCCAUCAGAUAUGACAAUGGAAGGAACUCCUCCUAGUCAAGAAGAUGGCAAAUCUCCAACUGCUACUUUAAGAGUCCAGGAAGCAAUUCUGAAGGAAUUGGGGAGUGAAGAGGUUCGAAAGGUAAACUGCUAUGGACAGGAAGUAGAGUCCAUAGAAUCUGCUGAAACUAAAGACUUGGGAUCACAAACUCCACAAGCUCUCACAUUUAAUGAUGGCAUCAGUGAAGUGAAGGAUGAGCAGACACCAGCAUGGACAACAGCAGCUGGCGACAUGAAAUUUGAAUACUUACUUUAUGGUCACAGGGAACAGAUUGCAUGUCAAGCAUGCGGUAAAACAUUUUCUGAUGAGGCACGGUUGAGAAAACAUGAAAAACUUCAUACUGCUGAUAGACCCUUUGUUUGUGAAAUGUGCACUAAAGGCUUUACUACUCAAGCUCACUUGAAGGAGCACCUGAAGAUUCACACAGGCUAUAAGCCAUAUAGCUGUGAAGUGUGUGGAAAAUCUUUCAUUCGUGCUCCAGACCUAAAGAAGCAUGAGAGAGUCCAUAGCAAUGAGAGGCCAUUUGCGUGCCAUAUGUGUGACAAGGCUUUCAAACAUAAGUCCCACCUGAAAGACCAUGAAAGGAGACAUAGAGGGGAAAAGCCCUUUGUCUGCAGUUCUUGUACUAAAGCAUUUGCCAAAGCAUCUGACUUAAAGAGACAUGAGAACAAUAUGCAUAGUGAAAGGAAACAAGUAACAACAACCAGUGCUCUCCAAAGUGAAACAGAACAAUUACAAGCAGCAGCCAUGGCUGCUGAGGCAGAACAGCAACUUGAAAAUAUAGCGUGUAGUUAAGGGUAAAACUACUGUUUAAUUUUUUUUAGUUUGAUAAACUCACUGCUGAGAGAAGUAUAUUUAAAAGGACUUACAGAGUAAGAAAUACCGUUUACAAUUCGCAGCAGACACACUCCACCAGAAAUAUUCAACAAGAAACAAGGCCUUCAGUUGGGCAACAAAUGAAAAAGCAGGGCCUGAUUUGUAUUUGUUUAUUAACACUCAAGUUUUCAGUGCAUGCCUCUCAAUGGAGUAGACUAUGCAUGUGAAAUGGAAGACCUUACACUCCAACGCACAGUGAAAUUAAGAUGAAAUGUUUAAAUUUAGACAGCUUUAAAUUCCAUUUGUGUGGCAUUCUAGUCCUAAGUAUGUUUGCUGUCAUGCUGGGAAUGCCUGAAUUCCCACAGAAAUUAUCUAUCGUGUUAAGAAGUGGCAGCUCAAGUUGCUAAACCAAAUACGUACUCCCAUUAGGGAUUUAUUGAAUUGUAACUAUUACAUGAAAGUAAGCCUCAUUAAUUUCAUUAGAAAUUAGUUUCAUGUAAGUAUUACAAAAGCAGCUUGACAUCAAGCCCUUUGGUUUCGUUUGCCUGCAGAUUUUGCUAUCAGUGAAUAUUGAGCAGCUUAAAUACAGUAAAUUAUGCUACAACACUUUUUAAAUAUUUAAAUUAUGAGUUGAAAUUAAUGCAAGAACUCAUUUAGAAAAAAAGCAUUCAAAUCCAGACCUCUAAUCAGAAUUGUUGGUGAUAUAAUAUGUCUAGUAUUUUGUCAGAUUGCUUUUUGCAGGUGUCUGGUUCUAGUUUAAUCCACUACAAUGGUCACUGAACAAUAGGGACUACUUUACUUGCUUUUCUUAUUCUAGAUGGUAACUAAGAAUAUCCUAGUCUUUCAUCGUUUUCCUUAGUCGACAAAUUUCAAGGCUAUAAUCCUGUACACAUUUACAGUGGUACUCAGUUGAACUUGUUUGUGAGUAAACAUGCAGCGGAACAGGCUUUAAGACACAAUGCACACUUCCAUGUUCUAAAUGGAGAACAUUUGUACAAAUCCGCCAUGUCCAUUAAAAGAGCCCACACAUAUUUCCAGCCUCAGUUUUCUCAGAGUGAACCGACCUGCAGUGUCAUUGAAUUGGGAUGACUCAAGAUACUGUCUUAACAAUUUAGUAAAUACUGUGCCUGUAUUAGAAUAGUCUUUUCAUGAAACCCAGGAUGAAGUGGUCUGUUGGAAUGUAGUUUUCUUGGGAUGCAAUUUAAAAGAAUAUAAAAGCCUAUAUUUCUGUUCCGUUUUAACAAAAUAAUAUAAUAUUACAUAAUUGAAUAUAAUUCUAUUUAGCAUUCCACAAGUCUUAACAGCCCAGUGCCUUGCAUGUUUACUCAGAAAUCCCAUUGAUUUCUUACUACUGUGUAUAGGAUUGCAGACUUCAACUGUAUUUCAUUUAUCUGUGAUAUUUGUUGUUUGGAGAUAAACAUCCUAAUUCUGUGUUUCAAAGUACGUCCUAAUUUCAACUGGGCUGAUUUGUUAGUAAAUGUGCUUGGGCCUACUGCUUAAUGCAAUCACUCCAUAGCUAUAGUUAUUAAGCUUAAAUCUCACAAAACCACCAACCUUUCUUGAGCUAUGUACCAUGUCUGUCUCUGGAUAUCUGUCAAAGCACAAAGAAAUGAAUGCAACCUUUCCAUCAAUGGGCAUUUUACUGUAAAAGAGAAUGGCAAAUUAUUUCACCAUUUGUUUAGCCUGCCCUCCUCAAGUCAAUUAAUUGGAUUGAUUUGAAAUAAAGAAUUAUCAUUUUGAUAUACUUUAAUAUUAUUUUAGUUAUUAUUUCAUUUCUAACAAACUGUAGAAUGAGAUUUCUAUUCAGUAAAAGGGAAGUCUGAAGAUUUCCAACAAAUUUGGCGUAAUUUGUAUGUACUUUUAUUCAAGAUUACAUUUUAAGUAAUAUUGGACAAUGCAAGUACUUGUUUUUUAAACAUCAAAUUAGAAUGAAUGAUUGUAAUUUAAUGUGUCAAAUAACCUCUUGCGUUUCUGAAUAGCAAUUACGGCUAAUAUUUUUAAGCAGCAGAAUAAGUUAUAUCCAACUACUGGUCUUUGUUACAGUGUCAUUGUAAAUCAUCUAUUGGAUAGUCAUGUUUAAGUUAUAUUUAAAAUACCAAGAGUUGGAACAUUGUCAUGUAAAUAAAACAUGAAUAUUUUAGAAUAUA